GUCCGGCUUGUCCUCAGUGGAGCGUCAGUGCCAUGACAACAGGACGAUGGCUGCGAGCGCGAGCGUGACAGGUGGGAUUGUUUGCGUAAAGCAGCAGUAACGACGGUUUUGAGGACCGGGACCGGGGACGUGAAGGUAACGACAAGCCGGUGACGAACGUGACUGUGUGCUGGUCUCCCGUCAAGCGACGGCCGCGUCAUUGCUCGUUACCCUGCUAGCUCGUAUCCAGGCAGCAUGUCUCUCUUCAAGGCACGUGAUUGGUGGUCGGCGGCGCUCGGCGAGGGCGAGGAGUUUGACCAGGGAUGCCUCUGUGUCGGCAACGUGGACAACAGCAGCACCGGACACGACAAGGUGGUGGUGGGCAGCUACAUGGGGAUGCUGCGCGUAUUCUCCCCACACGCCAAGGACAAGACCAGCGAGGGAGGCCAGGCCGAGGCGCUGCUUCUGGAAGUCCAGCUGCAGAACGCCAUCAUCCAGGUGGAAGUGGGCAAGUUUGUCUCGUGUUCGGACCUCCUCCACCUGGCCGUUCUUCACCCCCGGAAGUGUUCCAUCUUCUCUGUUUCAGGCACCGCGGGCAACGUGGAGCACGGGGACCAGUACCAGCUGAAGCUGGUUUACGAGCACAACCUGAAGAGGACGGUCUGCAACAUGACCUUCGGCAGCUUUGGAGGCGUCACAGG